GUCUCAGAUCUCACGCACACAGGAAAACCGGAGGAGAAAACCCAGCGACACUGUCCUCCGUCUCCGUCCGUCCCACAAAGCUCGCUCCUUUGUCUUCCUCCUCCGUCCCCGUCUCCCCCAAUCACGCCCGCGAAUCGUGCCACGCUCGCACGGAAGCGAGCCAAUCCGAUCCCGCGAUGAGCUUCCGGGACGAGAGCGGCGGGGAGGACGGCCGGUCCUCCUCGGCGUCCGACCUGCGCAAGCCGUUCCUGCACACGGGGAGCUGGUACCGGAUGUCCGCCGCCGGCGGAGGCGCCAUGGACCGCCUCGGCUCCUCCGCGUACGGCCUCCGCGACAGCUCCAUCUCCGCCCUGCUCUGCACCCUCAUCGUCGCGCUCGGCCCCAUCCAGUUCGGCUUCACCUGCGGCUACUCCUCGCCCACCCAGGACGCCAUCAUGGCCGACCUCGGCCUCACCCUCUCCGAGUUCUCUUUAUUCGGAUCCCUGUCCAACGUCGGGGCCAUGGUGGGCGCCAUUGCCAGUGGCCAGAUCGCCGAGUACAUCGGCCGUAAAGGGUCUCUGAUGAUCGCCGCAAUCCCGAACAUCAUUGGGUGGCUUGCAAUAUCAUUUGCAAAUGAUUCUUCAUUCUUGUUCAUGGGCCGUCUGCUGGAAGGAUUUGGGGUCGGUGUGAUAUCCUACACGGUGCCAGUUUAUAUAGCAGAAAUUGCUCCACAGAACAUGAGAGGAGCUCUUGGUUCAGUCAAUCAGCUCUCUGUUACAAUCGGUAUAUUGCUUGCCUACACAUUAGGCAUGUUUGUUCCUUGGAGAAUUCUUUCUGUUCUUGGCAUUUUACCUUGCUCAAUCCUGAUACCUGGGCUGUUCUUCAUCCCUGAAUCACCAAGGUGGCUGGCAAAAAUGGGAAAGAUGGAAGAUUUUGAAUCUUCACUGCAGGUCCUGCGCGGAUUUGAAACUGAUAUCUCAGCAGAAGUAAAUGAAAUAAAGAGAUCAGUUGCGUCAUCUAGGAGGAGGACAACCAUACGAUUUGCAGAGAUCAAACACAAGAGAUAUAGUGUUCCUCUUAUGAUAGGAAUUGGUCUCCUUAUACUUCAGCAACUAAGUGGCGUCAACGGCAUUUUCUUCUAUGCUGCAAGUAUCUUCAAAGCUGCUGGUCUUAAAAACAGCAAUCUAGCAACAUGUGGUUUGGGGGCUGUUCAGGUGGUUGCUACUGGAAUAACAACCUGGUUGACUGACAAAGCUGGUCGACGGCUACUUCUCAUUAUCUCUGCUAUAGGGAUGACAGUCAGUCUUCUCGUUGUUUCUGUGUCAUUUUUUGUGAAGGACAACAUACAGGAAGCUUCUCAUUUACACUCUGUGAUGAGUAUGCUUUCACUGGCUGGACUUGUGGCGUUUGUGCUUGCAUUUUCCCUUGGCAUGGGAGCCAUCCCAUGGAUUAUAAUGUCUGAGAUUCUUCCUGUUAACAUCAAGAGCCUUGCCGGAAGCACCGCCACCCUUGCAAACUGGAUGACGUCGUGGCUCAUCACGAUGACCGCGAGCUUGAUGCUAAACUGGAGCAACGGAGGAACCUUUGCUAUCUACGCGGCGGUGUCCAUGGGCACCCUCCUCUUCGUGUGCCUGUGCGUGCCGGAGACCAAGGGGAGAACGCUCGAGGAGAUUGCGUUCUCGUUCCGCUGAAGCCCGGAACCACAACGCGUAGGGUAGGCAGGUGGGCACGGAAGCUCGGUAGUCGCGCAGCCGUGUUUUUGCAGGAAUAUUUGUAUCAUGUGUUUGUGUAAUAGUGUACUAUCAGUGUAUCAUUUGUGUAUGUGCAAUAGAAUGGGGAGGGUGGGAUGGAGCAAGGGACAGACAGCGCACCCAGUCCCUUUGGAGUCAGUCAGUCAGUCAGUCAGGGGAGUGGGCAGUAAGUAGAAGAGCAAUUUGUUGGUUAGUAUAUUUGGUUGCAUAUAUACAGCUGCAGUUGUGCCCAGCAGAAAAUUAUGUAAUGUCCAACAAAUAAAUUUUGAGCUCUUCUCUAAAAAAUAAAUUCUGAGCUACAUGUUUUGUU